UCACCAGCUCGAACAAGCUCUCGAAAACAGCGAAUCCACUCGUCUCUCCGAAUCUCGUAGCGUCCGAAACGUCGACCGCACGGUAAAAGACCUACAAACACAAAUCGAGCGUCGUGACAAGCAAAACGCCCAGGUCAUGGACGACCUCAACAAGUCACGCGACAAGAUUUCCAACCUCCUCGCCACGAUCGACGAUCUUCAAUCCUCCGACUCGACGAACCAACUCGCCGCUAAGCGUGCCGAGCGCGAACUCCGCGAAGAACGAGAAAAGAACCUGCGCCUUGAGCGUGAACUGGAGGGAUGGAAGAACCUCGGCGCCCAGCGCCACAGCGCCCUUGGCGUUCCUCGUGCACCAGGCAGUGAAGCAGGCGGUGAAACGCGUUCGCGACGAGGCAGUUCAAUCGGCUUGCUGAUGGGCGAGAUGGGCGAAGUCGGUCCAAAUGACAAGGGCAAGUUCGGCAGUCUACGCUCUGGUCUCCGUCGUGUCAGUGGUCAGAAGGGUUUUUUGUAGUAGAUGGGGCCUCUGAGGGGAGGGGUGCAUGGAG